CUUUCCGUGAUACAACAAUAAAGAUGGAACAGUAUCCCAUUGUAUGGACCCUAUAUUUUUUGAUACUGAUACAGAGCAUACUGCAGAUCGACACGUCAAGGCCUCCGCUCCGGCCGAAUAAACUCGUAUCGUAUUCCCUGCCUCAGAAACGAGCGCUCAAGAAGGCUUUGGGGAUCAACGAGGAUGUCUACUUGAACUUCACAGAACUAACCGCCAAGUACGACUACCCUACAGAAGUGCAUACAGUGACGACCGCCGACGGUUACAUUUUAAAAGUGUUCAGAAUAUUAUCAAAGUGCAGUGAAACUGAUAAACAGUACCCAGUGUUGUUGUUGCAUGGUAUAUUUGAUACCACAGACUUGUGGGUAGUUCCUGGAACAAGGAACGGUCUGGGAUACGUGCUGGCUGAUAACUGUUACGACGUGUGGGCAGCUAACCACAGAGGCAACUAUUAUUCACGGAAACACGUCAAACUUGAUCCUGAUAAAGACCAAGAGUAUUGGAACUUCACGUUUGAUGAACAUGGGAACUAUGAUCUGCCUACAUGUAUAGACUACGUUCUUCGAAGUACUGGACACUCCAAGUUGUUCUUCGUAGGACAUUCUCAAGGCACUACUGAUUACUUCGUACUGACUUCAAUGCAACCAGAGUACAAUGAUAAGGUUAGGGUAGCAGCAAUGCUGGGUCCUGUGGCUUGGAUGAAAAAUUUAAGACAUCCCAUAGCCCGCAUUGGUGCACAACAUUACAUGGCAAUAAAGGCCUUUUCGGAAAAUGCAGGUAUCAGUGAAAUAUUGGGUAGAGAGCAUUUGGGUCAUUUCUUUCUAGAAUUCAUUUGUGGAUUAGUUCCAAGUUUUUGUGAUUUAGGGCUGUCUUUAUCAACUGGUUAUAAGCCAGGUUCGAUACCCCUCAAAGAUAUUUCAGUGGCUGUGGCCCAUGAGUUAAGCGGUACUUCUGUUAAGAACUUGGCACAUUUUUCCCAGUUGAUUCUAAGCGGAAAAUUUCAGCGUUAUGAUGAGGGUUCUGAAGGGAACUUGGAACGGUAUGGCACUCGAAAGCCACCCCAAUAUAAUGUGUCUCAGAUCACUUCACCAAUCUUGCUGAUAACUGCUCAAAAUGAUUUACUAUCAACACUGAAAGAUAUCGAUAUUUUAGCUCCUAAACUGCCUAAUUUAGUGGAAAAUUACGUAGUGCCAGAACCUUAUUGGAGUCACCAUAAUCAUCUGUGGGAUUUAAAAGCACCUGACCUCGUAUUUUCGAAAAUUUUAGAGUAUUUCAACAAGUAUAAAGAUUAGAACA